AUGGCACUUUUUUAUCUCAUCAACGUCUACAGUGGAAGUGGAGCACGUUCUCGACGUAUUAGUGUUAUAUUGAACAGGCACACCAAGCGAAAAAAUAAUUCCUUUUUCCUUGAUGCCCCUGAAGGUACAGGAAAAACAUUUUUAAUUAACUUAUUGCUCGCCAAAAUAAGAACAGACAGAAUAAUCGCUCUUGCUGUGGCUUCAUCUGGAAUUGCAGCUACGCUUUUAGAAGGUGGUCGAACUGCGCAUAGCACUUUCAAGAUCCCGCUAAAAAUGUCCUACGAUGACACAUCAAGUGUCUGUAAUAUAUCCAAACAAAGCAACACUGCUCAAUUGAUGCGGGAUUGUGUAUUCAUUGUUUGGGACGAAGCAUCCAUGACCCACAAAAGCUCGGUUGAGGCAUUGGAUAGAACCUUGCGGGACUUACGUAAUAAAAAUACAUUAAUGGGUGGCUGUACAGUCUUAUUUUCUGGAGAUUUUCGUCAAAUCUUGCCAGUUGUAGUAAGAGGAACGAGAGCUGAUAAAGUCAAUGCAUCAUUAAAGAGAUCUUACAUUUGGCCAGACAUAACUAAAUUGAAACCUAAAACUAAUAUGAGAAUAUUAUCAUCUGACCAAGGAAAUAAAACUUUUGCUGAUGCUUUACUCCGUGUUGGUAAUGGUCAGUCACUGACUAGAAAUGGUAAAAUUGAUCUGUCUGAGCUUUGUUUUUUGAUGUCUAAUUUGAUGGACCUAAUUGAAAAUGUUUACCUAGAUUUACCUAAUAUUUCGACUAAAAUGCCAAGUUGGUUUCAAGAAAGAGCAAUAUUGUCACCAACUAACGAUCAAGCCAACUAA